CUCACCUGGAGCUUCCAGUCGCAGUUCAACCUGGAUCAUGUGAUGAAGGACUUUCCUAUACCGCUCCAUCAGUCCAAAGGUGAACUGAUCCUUGUCGAAGAAGAUGGUCUGGCCGACUCCGACGUCAGUUCGAUAUCGCCGACCAGCUCAUGCAUAUCUCAGACUGACAGUCUUGUCCAGGCCUUCAACAGCAAUAAACGUUCUCGCAGCCAAUUAUGCGUACUGACUCCGAGGAUGUCUCCGGUGGGAUGCAGUUCGGAGUGCAGCGUCGAACUUGGGAAGGAAACGGACAACCUGGUGGAGGAGAUAUAUAUCGCCAAGCAUUCCAUAGCCAAGGGUAUUAUCUACCAGAACAAUAUUGAAGCUUAUGCCUCCAAAAUCCCUCCAAAUGUACCAGUGGUGGAACUCCAAGAAGCGCUUAAUAAAAGUGAAAAUGAAAUUAAAAAUAAUUUUGUUGAAAAAGUCAUCGUUAAUGUUGAACAAGAUAGGAAAACCAAUAGGAGUGAAGACUUUGACGUAGUAGUUGCCAUAGAUAUUGGUACUACAUACAGUGGAUAUGCAUUCGCCUACACAAAAAGCCCUUCGGACAAACAAAUACACAUGAUGCGACAAACGGAAGGGAGUGACAGAGGUUUAAACAAUCAAAAAGUACCAACAGUCCUACUACUAAGCCCAGAAGAAAAAUUCCACAGUUUUGGGUACGCAGCAAGAGACUUCUACCACGACCUUGAUCCUAGUGAUGCUAAGCAGUGGCUCUACUUUGAUAAAUUCAAAAUGAACCUUCAUAACAAUAUGGAUGUUAAUAGAGAAAGCCAGGUAAUGGCACAAAACGGACACAGUAUAAGCGCUCUCACAGUAUUCGCUCACACGCUGAGGUAUAUGAAGUGGCAAGUUGAGAAAGAAUUAAGAGAUCAAGGAAGGCUACCAAAGGUGAGGUGGGUGGUGACCGUACCAGCUCUUUGGACACAACAGGCUAAGCAGUUUAUCAGAGAAGCUGCUUAUAUGGCUGAUAUUUGCUCACCUGAGACUGCAGAUCAUUUACUCAUAGCUUUAGAACCAGAAGCUGCAUCUGUAUGCUGUAGAAAUUUACAUUUCGACCAGAUAAUUCAAUUUAACACAAACCGCUUAAGAUCAGGAAGUUACAUGGUGGUUGACUGUGGAGGAGGGACGGUAGACAUAACCGUACACACGGUAUCAGCACAAACAGGAACCUUACGGGAGCUACACAAAGCAACUGGAGGACCUUGUGGUUCAAUUGGAGUUGAUAAAGAAUUCAAUGAUCUCCUAGACACUAUUUUUGGAACCAGUUUCAUGCGAAGAUUUCAACAAGAAAGGCCAGCGGCAUAUAAUGAACUAAUGCUAAGCUUCGAAGCGAGAAAAAGGAGUACCACUUCUUUCAGGUCUACACCGCUCAACAUAUUUCCACCGUUUGCUUUCAUUGACUUUUUCAGGAAAGUUUCAGGGAUAGAAGUUGAAGCAGCAGUCAAAGAAUAUGGCAGACCAGAACUCACAUGGUCGAAUGAAGGCAUAUUGAAAAUACAUCCUUCUCUAAUGUAUCAACUUUUUCAACCAACUCUUAACAAAAUUAUAGAGCAUGUGGAAGCAGUAUUGUCCACUAGAAGGCUAGAUGAUACAAUAAGUCACCUAUUUUUAGUUGGCGGUUUUUCAGAAUCACAGAUAUUACAAGAAGCAAUAAGGGAGAAUUUCAGUAAUAGAGUACAUAUUAUAAUACCACAGGUAACAAUUAAGCAAUGCAAUAAUUGAAGGAAUUAUAAGUCAUAAAAUAUAAUUCAUUAUAUAAUCUUGGAAUAAAUUUGUAAUAAUAAAUUAUUCUAAUAAAGUACAUUUUAACACCACAGGCGGUUAGUUUAAGUGUUCUCAAAGGAGGAGUGUUGUACGGUCUCAACCCAACGAUUGUGUCAUCAAGAAGAGUGACUCAUACAUACGGCUUAGGAGUGGUAAAACCAUUCAUAAAUGGACUCCAUCCAUUAGACAAAUUAGUUAUACGAGGAGGACAUAAGUGGUGUGUUGACGUUCUUGAGAGACUUGUGGAAUCUGGACAAGCAGUAUCGGUGGGACAAAUCAUAUCUAAAAAAUUUACCCCUGCCUCGACAAACCAACGAGAAAUAAUAUUACAGGUUUACGCUACAUUGUCCAAAUCUGCUCAGUUUAUCACAGACAAUAAUGUCUAUAAAUGUGGAUUGCUCAGACUAAAUCUGUCAGAGAAAAAUGAUACUACAACGUUGAGAGAGAUCGUAGUUAGCCUGGUGUUUGGUGGUACGGAAGUAACAGCUUUUGCCGUUGAUUCUUCGACAGGAUGUUCUGUGAAAACAACACUCGAUUUUAUGGACUGAUAAAUCUCAAAUUUGAUUUUCUAUUUUUUUUUUUUAUUUUGAUAAAUUAUGUGAUCAUUAAUUUAAUAAAACUGUGAUAAUAUGAUAGAAUUAAUUAAAAUUAAAUUGUUUAUAGAAGAUAAUUACUUUUCAAUAAAAAAUAAUAAAUAGAAAUAGUUUUUGCUUACCUUUUGAUCAGAACUCAAUUUUAUUUUUAUAAAAGCACUUAAUAAAUUUAAUAUACUUGUUUACAUUAUUUCAGCUCAGUCGUUAUUUUCUCACCAGAUUCUAUGAUUUCCUCUGUAUUGGCAGGUUCAUAGACCUUCGUCUUAUCUUUUUCUGAAAUAAAUAAUAUUCAAGUUUUCCAUAUCAUAAAUAGAUUAAACAAAUAUUAUUUAAACUAUUUUUUUUAUGUUUUCUUACUUUUGAUUUGUACUGUAUUUCUAAAAAAUGUUGUGUAUAAGCAACAAUGAACUAUACUAGAGGCCAAUGCAAGUCCUGCUGCAGACAUAAACACCACUUUUCCUCCGUACCACUUGUACAGAGCACUCCACAAUAAAUUACCAACCACGAAACCUAAAAAUAAAAACUUCUUUAUUAA